UGUGUUCACUAUAAUGUGUUGGAUACAUGUUCAUGUGUAUUUAAUGUCAUUCAUGAAAAAAAUGUGGGGGAAAUACAAUGUUGUUUUUUCAGUCUAAACAACCAAAUAUUUCAUGACACCCUUGCAGUACCUCCCCAGACUACCUGUUGACGACCUCUGCUCUAACUCCUCACCUGUUUCCAUUCAAGUUUUUCAUCAUCCACCAGAACUCUCAUCAGCUCAGGAAUAGCCAAAGCCGGGCAGUUUGCUGAAAUCCGUGCGAACAACCUCCCUGCAGCCAAACUUGGAGACCUUGAAACGGCGGAUGAUGUCUUGCAGGGUAGCAGAAACCACAAAGUAUUCCUGCUUCAGACGCAGCUCCUUGCCCUCAAAAAACUGAAAAAGGAGAUCGCAAGAGACACCGGCUGACCGCGCCCUCAACCCGGCCGAGCUACCUCGCCAACUAUUAGCAUCAAGUGUCAGGGAAGAGGCGGCCCCCCCGAUGCCGAUGCUGAUGAUGAGGAUGAGGAUGGGGAGGAGGAUGCUGCGGAGGAGAGGAAGCAUCUUUGUCUGCACGGAGAAGCUCGGGGCUUCCCUCGCUCUCGCCUUCCUCCACGCAUAGAGCAGAUAAGAAAAUAACCUUAUACCACUCUGAAGAGAUAUUUUUUUUUUUGGUAAUGUCUGCCGCUUUUGUCUCAUCUUGAUACAGGAUUUUUAUUUAUUUUUGUCCCUCCUCUUUUGUGCUCUUUCUGACCGGCCGGAAUACAACAACAACAAAAAGCCCUGCGCUGCUGUGUCGGCUCGCUGGAUGACGCUCAGGAUGCUGUGCGUCUGAGAAGCCAAGUUGACACAUGGAGAAUUGACUGGAUCCUUGCUGGAUGGAGGCCAAGACACUGGAUGGCGAAGACGAGGAAUCACACAGUCCUGUGGAUCGCUUGUGAUGUUUGUUCUCUUUCUGUCUCGUGUGGAACGAUGGCACAAAGAAUCCGGAUGGACAGUCAAGGCUGAAGAAACAUUUGUGAAGAGAAUUUUGUGAGAUUGCAUUGCUCCAGUGGACACUAAGCUACAAUUCCUUUGUGUUAUUGUGUUGGAUUUGCAAGCAGACCACCAUGGCCAGAUGCCGUAACAAAGCCUCCUGGUUAUUCUUCUUAGUUCAUCUGGUGCUGACAGGAAUAGCAUUAGAGUAUGAAGGCGUUCCCGGUCAGUGGACUCGCUAUGGACAAUGGGACGCGAAGACAACAGGAGAACUCAGCUUCAUCCUGAAGACCAACAUCAGCAAAGCAUUGGUGCUGUACUUGGACGACGGCGGCGACUGCGACUUUCUGGAGCUGCUCGUAUCGGGCGGAAGACUACAUUUGCGCUUCGCCAUCCACUGCGCCGAGCCGGCCUCCCUGCACACGGAGACGCGCGUUGACGACCUGCGCUGGCACCGGGUUCUCCUCUCGCGGAAUUACCGAGAGUCCAGGCUCACGGUGGACAACGAAGAGAAGGCGGCGGAGGUCAAGUCCAAGAGGAAAGAGAUGGCGGUGGUCAGUGACCUCUACGUGGGCGGGAUCUCGCCUGACGUGCGCCUCUCCGCCUUGACGUCCAGCAACGUCAAGUACGAGCCGCCCUUUCAGGGCUUCGUCGCUAAUCUGAAAGUAGGGGAGGCUCUGCCCGUGCUCUUGGACGGCCAAGCUGUCCACAGCGACUUGGACUACAUCUGUGCCGCGCACCCGCCCUGCAGCAACGGAGGCUUGUGCUCCGUCAGCCAGGGAGAGGUCCUCUGUGACUGCAUCAACACCAGCUAUGUGGGGAGCUACUGCCACGAAGCAGGUGUCCAGAAAGAAGUAGAAGGGCAAGGAGAGUCCAUGGCCACCUUUAAAGGCAACGAGUACUUCAGCUACAACCUGUCCCAGACGCCCAUUCAGAGCAGCUUGGAUGAGAUCACCUUGUCUUUCCGCACACUGCAAAGAAACGGCCUGCUGCUUCAUACAGGAAAGUCCGGUGAUUAUGUCAACCUGUCCCUGAGGGACGGAGCUCUUUGGCUGGUCAUCAACCUGGGCUCCGGCGCCUUCGAGGCCCUGGUGGAACCGGCCAGCGGAAAGUUUAACGACGAGGUCUGGCAUGACGUUCGGGUGACACGCAACCUCAGACAGGUGACUAUCUUGGUGGACGGGAUACUGACCACCACAGGCUACACCCAAGAGGACUACACCAUGCUGGGCUCUGACGACCUCUUCUACAUCGGAGGCAGCUUGAACACAGCAGACCUGCCAGGCUCGCCAGUCAGCAACAACUUCAUGGGCUGCCUCAAAGAUGUGGUCUACAAGAAUAAUGAAUUCCGACUGGAGCUGUCACGGCUGGCUGAGCACCGGGACCCAAAAAUAAGUAUCCAUGGCGACUUGACGUUCAGCUGCGAGAGCGUGGAGGCCCUGGAGCCGGUCACCUUUGACACACCGUCUGCCUACCUGACACUGCCCAGGUGGAACACAAAGAAGACAGGCACCAUAUCGCUAGACGUCCGCACCACGGAGCCCAGCGGCCUGCUGCUGUUCAGCCAUGGCAGCCUGCUGGGGGCGCAGCCCGAGAGCACGCCCAGGGCCGACUUCUUCGCCAUGGAGCUGAUGGAUGGUUUUCUCUACCUGGUCAUGGAUAUGGGCUCUGGCAGCAUCAAGAUGAAAGCCAGCGACAAGAGGCUGGAUGAUGGCGAGUGGAGCCACGUGAACUUCCAGAGGAAAGGGCGCAAUGGCUUUGUUUCGGUGAACGGCAAGAGCAUCCCGUUUGCUGCGAACGAAGGCAGCGAGAUCCUCGACCUGGACGGCGACAUGUAUCUCGGUGGUCUACCCGACGACCGCCAAGGCCUCAUGCUCCCUCCAGAGGUUUGGACCGCCGCCCUGGGCCUCGGUUACGUGGGCUGCGUGCGGGAUCUCUUUAUUGACGGCCAGAGCCGCAACCUGUGGAGGCUGGCCGAGAUUCAGGGCGCCACAGGGGUCAGCAGCCUGUGCACCAGAGAGACCCACGUUAGGUGUGGCCGAGACACGUGUGCCAACGGCGGCCACUGCAGAGAGGGCUGGAACCGCCAUGUUUGUGACUGUAAUGGUACCGGCUACCUGGGGCCCGACUGUGAGAAAGACGCCACUGUGGUGAGCUACGACGGCAGCAUGUACCUGAAGGUGAUGCUGCCCAGGACGCUGCACACGGAGGCCGAGGACGUGUCCCUGCGUUUCAUGUCCCAGAGGGCCUUUGGGCUGCUGGUGGCCACCACGUCACAGCAGUCAGCAGACACCCUGCGCGUGGAGCUGGACGCGGGCCGACUCAAGCUGACGGUCAACUUGGAUUGUAUCAGGAUAGACUGUAACCUCAGCAAAGGACCCGAGGUACUCCUGCUGGGCGACAAGCUGAAUGACAAUGAGUGGCACUCUGUGAAGGUGGUGCGGCGGGGGAAGCAUUUACAGCUCUCUGUGGACAAUGUCACAGCAGAAGGCUUCAUGAGUGGCGCUCACACCCGCUUGGAGUUCAACAACAUCGAGACGGGGAUCAUGACAGAGCGCCGCUUCACCUCGGUCAUCCCCUCCAACUUUAUCGGCCACCUGCAGGCCCUCUCUUUCAACGGGAUGCUCUACCUGGACCAGUGCAAGAACGGAGACAUCUCCUACUGCGAGCUGAACGCGCGAUUCGGCAUGAGGCACAUCGUAGCCAAUCCUGUGACGUUCGUGACUCAGGCUAGCUAUCUGGCCUUCUCCACUUUGCAGGCCUAUGCCUCCAUGCACCUUUUCUUUCAGUUCAAGACCACCAGUCCCGAUGGCCUCAUACUGUACAACUCCGGAGAUGGAAGUGACUUCAUUGUGGUGGAGCUGGUCAAAGGGUUCAUACAUUAUGUCUUUGACUUGGGGAAUGGACCGUCGCUGAUGAAGGGAAACUCCGACAAGCCUCUCAAUGACAACCACUGGCACAACGUGGUCAUCUCCCGUGACAACAGCAAUGUGCACACGCUAAAGAUCGAUGUACGCACCGUCACGCAACACACCAAUGGAGCCCGCAACCUUGAUUUAAAAGGAGAGCUGUACAUUGGAGGUGUGGGGAAAAGCAUGUACGCCAGCUUGCCUCGACUGAUAGCAUCCCGGGAAGGUUACAAGGGUUGCCUGGCAUCAGUGGACUUGAACGGGAGACUCCCUGACCUGCUGGCAGACGCCCUUCAGAAGGUGGGCGAGGUGGAUCGCGGCUGUGGAGGUCCCAGCACCACCUGCACCGAGGACUCCUGCCACCAUCAGGGAGUGUGUCUGCAGCUGUGGGAGGGCUUCUCCUGUGACUGCACCAUGACGACCUACGGGGGGCCGUUCUGCAGUGACCCGGGAACCACGUACAUCUUUGGGAAAGGAGGCGCUCUCAUCACGUUCACCUGGGCCCCUAACGAGCGGCCUAGCACCCGAGCCGACCGACUGGCCAUGGGCUUCAGCAGCCUGCAGAAAGACGCCAUCUUGGUGCGGGUGGAGAGCACCCACGGGCUCGGAGACUAUCUUCAGCUGCACAUAGAUGAAGGCAAAAUCGGAGUCAUCUUCAACGUGGGCACAGAUGACAUUACCAUUGACGAGCCAGCUGUCAUGGUGAAUGACGGCAAGUACCAUGUUGUACGCUUCACACGCAGCGGGGGCAAUGCCACUCUCCAGGUGGACAACCAUCCGGUCAUUGAGCGCUACCCUCCAGGACACUUUGAUAAUGAACGACUGGCUAUUGCUAGGCAAAGAAUCCCGUACCGACUCGGUCGGGUAGUUGACGAGUGGCUACUCGAUAAAGGGAGACAGCUGACCAUCUUUAACAGCCAAGCCGCCAUUAAAAUCGGCGGCCAGGACAAGGGUCGGCCCUUCCAGGGUCAGAUCUCUGGCCUGUACUACAACGGGCUGCAGGUGCUCAAACUGGCGGCGGAGAACGACCCCAGCGUGCAGGUUGAUGGCAACCUGCGUCUGGUGGGCGACGCUUUGUCCGUGCUGACCACCGACACCACCUCCGCCACCCCCUUGGCAGUGUCCGACAUGUCCACCACCAUCAUGGAGACCACCACUACGAUGGCAACCACCACCACCCGUAGACAGCGGUCACCCAGCUUGAGGGAAAGCAUCUCUAAGCCACAGAACUCAGAUGAUAUCCUGGUAGCAUCAGCCGAGUGCCCGAGUGACGAUGAAGACCUGGAAGAAUGUGAACCAGGAACAGGAGGUGAAUUAGUGUUGCCUAUUAUAACAGUGGAUUCCCUUGAGCCCCCAUCCAUCGCCACCCGUUACCCCGUCAUCCCUCCUCCCCCUACCCUCUUAUCCCCCUUCGAAACCACCAAAGAGUCCGUGAUACUCCCCCCGCACCCUUCCUGCCCCCCGGACCAGGAGGACUGUGGCGAGCCCGUGGAGGUCUCGGCCUUUGGCUCUGGGGAGAUGACGGAAUCAGAUGAUGAGGACUUUUACAAUAAUAACAACUCCCCUUUGGUCACUGACAGGACAGUCCUUCCGCCACCCCCCGCCGCAGGCGAGGGCGGUGUGCAGAAACCCCGCCCCUUACCCCCUUAUGUUCCCACCACAAACCCUGACCAGCUCCACAUCCCCGCAGGCAAAAUGAACACCCGUGACCAGGUGCUUCUGCCCCCUGCUCCCCCGUCCUCCCGAAACACACCGGGACUAACCUACCCCCCCAAUUUUCCCCAUGUGCCCACAGCCGACCCCACAGCCUCCGACGAAAAGAGCCAACCGGGCGCCGUGGAGGUGAUCAGGGAGUCGAGUAGCACCACGGGGAUGGUGGUUGGUAUCGUGGCUGCUGCUGCUCUCUGCAUUCUAAUCCUCCUCUAUGCCAUGUACAAGUACCGCAACCGGGACGAGGGCUCCUACCCGACAGACCAGGGCCACAAUUUUGCCAACAAUUUUGCGGUGGAAGGCAACGGCGCGGUGGUCAAAGACAAAAGCACAGCGACGGCCUCCGUGGCCAAGGCAAUCACAAAGGGCAAAAAGAACAAAGACAAGGAAUAUUACGUAUGAAUAGGCGGGCGAGGAUCAGAGGGUACUCCACUUUCAACUCACCUGUACUUUCUUUUUUUUUUUUUAUUACACCGGUAGACCAUCAGAGACAUUUCACAGGUUACCGACGGCAACCGUGCAAUGCAGGCUGCAGUUAGCGCUAACAUCUCCCUCCCAGCUCCAAUAAUGCGCUCACCCGGCAUCUCGUUCUUGUUAGUGCAUCAUUGUUCCGUGUUAACAAGUGAGAGAGAUGCUUACUGUACAUACAGUAACACGGCUAUGACGCGGUGGAAGGAAGCAAGGUAAAUGUUUCCCUCCGUCUUUUGUUAUCUGUUUUACGUCUCAAUGUCCCACAUUAUGACACAGUGGAUCUAGAAAGUGAACACUGUUAAGAGUCCAGCUGGUUGCAUAAUAUUACAAUGGUAAACCUUGGUUUGUAAAGUUAGAAGGCGAGGGCAAUUCUUGUGCACUACCACUUCAAACAGGGGUGUCCAAAUUUUUUGACUUGGUGGGCCGCAUUGGGCUAAGCAAAUUUGGCCGGGGGCCGAAAGCAGACUGCAUAUCAUACCAUACAUAUACAGUCUAUAGAUGUAUAUGUGUGCCUAUAAAUACAUAUUCUGUUAAAAUAUUAUAUACAUACAUAUAUAAUAUUAUUGAUUUAUAUGGCUAAAUUGGCCUUAGUGUGUGAAUGUGAGUGUGAAUGUUGUCUGUCUAUCUGUGUUGGCCCUGUGAUGAGGUGGCGACUUGUCCAGGGUGUACCCCGCCUUCCGCCCGAAUGCAGCUGAGAUAGGCUCCAGCACCCCCCCUCCGCGACCCCAAAAGGGACAAGCGGUAGAAUAUGGAUGGA